ACGUCCGCGCGAUGCUACGCGCUCGCUGCUACGGCCCGUAGCUCGUAGUCACCGUAGUCACUCAGCGAGUAACGUGAAUAUAACAUUGUUUGUGUUUCUGUGCGUCACAAUGUGUGUGUUUGUGUUUACCUCUCAUUGAACACGGAUUGGCUUGCCUUUUGUUUUGUUUUGAUCCAGUAUCGUUGGCAGUAGUCCAGUGCGCCAUGUCUGCGGUGAUGAGCACGCUGUCCAUGAUCAGCGGCACCAGGCGCGCGCACCGCAAGCUUCAAUGCAGCCGCAAGUCGGGGCAGUUCUCUGACGCGGGGGAGGAGCGCUCGCGCAGCCAGCAUGACCUCAACAAGCAGCAGCGCUCCGCGUCGCUGCAAACCCUGGAGGCGGGCGGCGGCGGCGUCGCCAACCUCGAGAGCCUGGAGGCCAAGAUGGCGAGUAUCGAGGUAUCGCUGGCGGGGUCCCGGAGGCGCAGCGCGGGCGCACGUGACGUCACGCGAGAGUUAGACGCACUGCGCACCGCCCUCACUGACAAGGAUACUCUUAUACAAAGCCUAAAAAAGCAGCUAAGCGCAUCUCUAAGCGCGGCCCGCCUAGCGUCUCCUACUGCAUCCCGCGCCAGCAGCCACGAGGAGCAGGCAUCAGCCCUAUCGGCCGAGGAACGAAGAGCCCUGGAUGAGCGCGCCAACGCCGUGCGAGCUGACCUGGACGCCAGGAAGGCGAACAUCCAAGAGUUGAGGAGAAGGCUCGAGAAGACACAUGUUACCGACAACAUCGACACGCGCAUCCAGCAAGCGGAGCUGCAGUACAAGCUGGGCCGCGAGGAGCUGGAGCUGCUGACGCUGAGCGAGCAGGCGCGCGCGCUGGCGCAGCUCAUCGAGCAGGCCGACGCCGCCGCCACCAGGAACCACCGCGCCACCAUGUACAGCGCGGUGCGGGAGUGCGGCGGCUGCGCAGCGCUGGUGACGGCGGAGGUGCGCGAGGGCACUUGGGGCGCCGCCCCCCGGGGCGCCGGCAUGCUCGUCGAGUGGCCCGGGGACAACGCAGCGCUCAAACCCGGAGACAGAUUAGUAGAAGUGAAUGGCACGUCAGUACUAGCGUGCCGCAGCCAGGAGGAACUGCAACGCGCCACCAGCGCCGCCAACCCCGCGCGGCUCGUACUCUUGCGCAGCACCGGCCAAGCGCCUGCGCCGCACCAACCCAACGGCUUCACGCAGAACGAAGCGGCAUCAUUACGAGCAGAGCUGGGCGCCCUGAGGACCGCCGCUGACGACGCAGAGAAGGCGAAGGAGAGCCUCCGCUCCGACAACACGCGCCUCACGCACCGCAUCUCCUACCUCGAAGAGCAAGUCGCUGAACUGCUCAGCAGGCAUACGCAGCUACAACCAGUAAGCAGUAACGACAGCUGCAUAACAGUGAACAAGACGAAGAAAAACGUGACCAACAUCAACAUCACGACGGAACCGCAGCAGAAGCCCAGCCCCAAGUCUGAAGUCCAAGUGUUCCAGAAGGGACCAGACAUCACGGCUAUCGUGGCCAAGCUGCCAGGAUUAGAUGGUGUUGAGAACAACCUCCCAAUGAUACGGCCGCGGUCUAAUGCUUCGGGAGCAUCGUCCAGAGCUGCUGUGUCACCCAGAGCCUCCCCACCACUUAACCACAGAUCCCAUAGCUCUCACAGCUUGGAGCAUAAAGCCGAACGGAUGCGUCACUCCCUCUCCCAUCACUGCAUUCACGGAGCCAUCGACUACAGCGCCGAGACCGACGCAGCGAUACGCAUGAUCGAGAGGAACCAAAGACACAUAGAGAAGCAACGGAUGAAGAACGAGAGGCUCAACAGAUCCAAAUGUGAAGACUACUUCAGAUCCGACAGCGAUUUGGACAUGCGAGACACGCACUCUACCGCUAGUGCUGACCCCAGACAUUACGAGAUAAAAAAAGCGGCCGACAGAAUAGAAGAAAGUAUCAAGAAGACCAACUGGGCGGAGAGGAAAACUCUUUCAAUCAUAGAACAGCUAAAGCGGUCACAACGGCUGAGAAAAAUGAAGAAAAACGACAGUGCAGAAGAUAUUCAGCUGGAAUCUGAGAGACAUUACAUGUACCACAGAAUAGACGGCAAAGUGUUGGAGAACGCCCACAAGUCCAGCAGACGAACUUCCAAACUGCACUCCCGAAGUGCCAAGUCUUCAGAAUUUGAAUCAGAAUCAGAUUUUCCAAAUGGAGACAUGUAUAGUAGCUCCCCUAGGAUAGACUAUGGUUCUGAAACUUGUUCACGCAUGAGUCAUUACAAGAAGAAUGAAGACAGAAAAGAAAGUGACACAAAGUCACGUCCAACGCCUCCUCGGAAACCUUUAAGAUUGUCGCUGCACAAGGCACGGAGUGCGCACUCUUUGAUGAACGGAAGCGAGUCAGAGACGCCCAGUAGACCGGCGUCGGAGGCGAAGCACACCGACACAGAGUGCAGUAAGCGGCCGGUCAAGAGAACACACGCGGCCGACAAGUGGGCGCGGGAGAGGAUCCGCGACGCCGGCCGCGCCACUCCGCGCCCCACCAGGAAGCAUCUCAACGGGCUCAGCGCGUGCGACGCGCCCGCCGCCGACGACCUGUACCCCGAGAAUACGCACAUGCCUCUCAGGAUUAACGGCAGGACCGGCAAGUGGUGCUAACACUCGACAGAGACCAGCCUGGUAGGCUAAAAAUAUACUAAAGAGCAGUAACGAGGCUGAAAAUAAAACCCCAUUCGAUUGAUCGAAUUAAGAUAUCUGCAAUAUUUUUUGAAAUCCUAUUUAAACCUAAAAAUACAAAAUUGUGGUAUUGAAUUGCCACAAAAGUAGAAAGCAUUGUUAUAACAGUGUACAGAGUAAUGAUAGAGAAUAAUGUAAAUAGACCGUAUGUAAGCACCCACCGCGCAAUACUCACCUAAUGUUACGUAUUUAUUUAAGACAUUCUGUAGGUUACGAUGUGUAAAUGACAAUAAAUAUAUUAUGCCUUU